GGCGGGCCUCUUCCGACGGGAGGGCGGCCGUUGAGGCCGUUGAGGCGGCUGCUGCUCCGCGAACAGGGCUUCAGAUGGAGGCGGCGCCGGCUCCCGGGCCGGGGCUCUGCUGCAAGCCUGGCGGACGACUGGACAUGAGCCACGGCUUCGUGCAGCACAUCCGACGGAACCAGAUCGCUCGGGACGACUACGACAAGAAGGUGAAGCAGGCAGCCAAGGAGAAGGCGAGGAGGCGGCACACGCCCGCGCCGACGCGGCCCCGCAAGCCCGAUCUGCAGGUGUACCUGCCGCGACGCCGAGAUGGUUCUACUCACACAGGCAACCCAGACUAUGAGGAGUCCGGUGACAGCAACAGUAGUGGUGGAUCUGAGCUGGAGCCUUCUGGCCAUCAGCUUUUCUGCUUAGAAUAUGAGGCGGACAGCGGAGAGGUCACGUCAGUUAUCGUGUAUCAGGACGAUGACCCCGGAAGGGUGAGUGAGGAGGUGUCAGCACACACGCCUCUGGAUCCACCCAUGCGAGAGGCCCUCAAAUUGCGCAUCCAGGAGGAGAUUGCAAAGCGACAGAGCCGACACUGAGGGGUUGAAGGCAUUGUCUCCAGGCUGGGUUUACUGCAUUCAAAGGAGUUCUGUCCACGGAGCUCACUCCUAGCUUGAGGGUGCCAGGACCAUUUGCUGAUCUUAAGAGCCCUCCCCAGAGCUGCUGCAUCUAUCCACAGGAGAAGGAUGUUGUAGGACUGCCUGCCUCUGUUGCAGCCAUUCCUUUACUGUAUGUUGACCCAUUUGACCAGCCUGAUAGUCUGGAAUUUCUUGAGAAUUUUGUUUGACUAGCUUGGUGUUCUGGAAGCAGAGACUCCGGGAGGAGUUGGGGUCACAAAGCCUUGUGCCAUCAUGCUGCUUUCACUGCGGUCAUGUGCCACCGGACACUUGGCCAAUGCUGUUUCACCCAGCUCUACACCCACGUUUGUAAUUUUAUGGUUCCUUCCUUUUGCCUUUCUGCUCACUUCCAUCGAAUGCCAUGUUUCCUAGGUCUCCUUUUCAGCUCUAUUUCUUCAUUCUUUUUUCCCAUCCAUUUGCCUUAGGUAGAGUCCAUCAGUUGCCCCUCCACUCCCAUUCUCAUGUGACUGCCUCUGGAUGCCGGUACUAUGGGAGCCUCACUGAAGUUGUAGGCAGUGGUCUGUGCCCCUCCAACUGCUCAGCACCUUGGAGGUGGGGGGUCCUGGGGAUGGAUCUACCUUUCUAAAAAGCUCUCCAGGUAAUUCUGUUACCAGCAAAGUGGGAGGCCCUUCAUUUUGGGGGUGUAUCUGCAAGCACGUCUCCGUCUUCCAUGGCCUUUGCAAGUUCCUCACAUGCACCACUACCUUGUACUGUCUAAUAGGAGACUUAGGAAGAAGAUACCGGAACUUAACUGCAAUGAUUUCUUGUAGCAAAACUGGCCUUGGUUAGGGCUAUGGAAUUCCAGCUUUUACCUCAUCCCUAGUUGUCUCUCCUCUGUUCAGACUAAAGAAAUUAUCAAAGCAAGCUUGAAACUGACUCUCCAAAAGUGACUUAACAGUCUUGAACAAAUCCACAAAGGGGAUUUCAACAUGAGUAAGAAGUCCUGAAUGAUGCCCCAAAGGGAGUGAAGUGAGUCUCUUGUCUGCCCCUCCCCUGCCACACGCGUUCCCAUCUCCUGUCUUCCUGACCUCCUUGGAAUAAAGCUCCUCAGGAAUAUCACUCUUUUCACCUAGUGGACAUGUUUCCUAAUGCAGGGUUAAGCCAAGGUCUGAGAUGUCCACAAGCUGUCAUGCACACCAAGGUCUGGAGCCACUUCAGCUUUCCAGCAAGUCAGCUUCACCUCCGUGACUUGAAAUGUGGGGUUUAAGUGAGCGCUAAGACUUGCCGAAACCAAAGCCCCCCUGCCCCAGGGGUUUCUCCACAUCAGGUUCUCAAGCUCAGUCUGGCUGUUGGCUAUCCCAUCUCAGCAGCUUUUCUCCAAAAGGACACCCGAGGGCACUGUUUGUACACUAGUCCUCUGAAAGUCUACCAUCUCAGCAACGAACAAGGCAGCUCUUUAUAACCUAUACCAUUAAAAUGCACAAGCCACAGCUUGUAGUGCACAGGAAUGCUGAGAAGGCGAGUGAGAUGGAUAAGUUAGAAGGACCUGGUUGUGAAGGUGGCCUGGAACCAGAGUGCACCAAACCCACGGAGCCCGCCCAAAGUUAAAUGCCUUAAAUUCGCCAGCCCUGUGCUCCAUUCUGCUUUCAAAGAGGAAAGUCUUUGCCCUCUUUUUCAGCUAGGCUGAAAGUGCCUUUUGACUUAUAAUAUUAACUACCCUCCAAAGCCUUGGGCCAAGGAGGCUUGCCAAACUCUAUCCCCCUCCCCCCGCCCCCAUUCUUCUUGCAGGUCAGAAUCAGAGUACCAGUAAUUUUAGUCUUCCAGCUCUUCAGCUUAUCUUGUGACUUGGAACAUAACAAUUUCACUGGAACUCUUGGGCUUCCUGGUCUGGAAAUACUUUUUGGGUCUGACUUCUCAUAAGUGGAUCACCUGUUUCCUAGUUUUAUAAUAAAACUUGGAAAUGACCAGAAGAGUAUGGGGGGUGGCACCUGAAAUUUUAGCCUGUUUUGUGAGAAGGGAAAAUCUAAAGGAGAGGCCGCGUUUGGUGUGUACCUAAUUGUGUCUUUUUAUGUGUUACGUAAUCUUCACAAAGUCCUCAGGUCGGAGACUGAUGGGAACUCCUUGCUUUUAAACUUUUUUUCUUGAGGCAUUUUGCAUAUGAAGUACAUGUAAUAUAUUUUCUACUCAAAAAAGCAUUUUUAUCCUUAGCAAAUGUAUACAGUGUGACUAUGUACAUGAUUAAGCCUGGUAUUGAAAUAAGAGGUUGUCCUUCAGAGCUGGCCCGUUGGAGGUUUAUGCGCACAUUUCUAUGAUGCUGCCACUGCUUCAGACAUGUCUGAAAUGCCUCUCUGGGAUGCCUUAGAGUUCAGCCACAUUGCUUAUUACUGCUCCUCAUCUGGGCUCCAUGAGGACCCCUGGUGACCAAAAGGUUAGCGGUUCAAACCCACCAGUGGUUCUGUGAGAGAAAGACCUGGCGAUCUGCCCUGGUAAAAAUCACAGCCUAGAAAACCCUACAGGGCAGUUCUACUCUGUCACGUGAGGUUGUUAUGAGUCACAAUCAACUUGACAGCACCUAACAACAGCAUUUGGGCUCCAACAUACUACCACCCAGAUCAUUCACCAGAUUUGGCUUCAGACAUAGCUAUUUUCUAAAAUCUGUGCUUUGCCCCCAAGAAGCAUGAUCCCGAUCAUUUCCCAUGGUCUCUAGAGACAUCCCAUGCUGUGUGGUACAGUGGCAACAGUGUUGGGCUAAAUGGAGUUUUCCAGCGAGCUGCUUCAAAAUCAAUGCUCAUUUGACUACAUACGUUCUCAACUAAGAAAAAAGGCUGGGAGCCUGACAGGCAUAUCUCAUGCCCAUCCAAAGUGACAUGUUCUUAGUAGGUAAGCUAUCAGUUUUAAGCCUUUUUAUUUCCUGGGCUGUGGCAGAUGAUGUUAGUAACGGAAGCUGAGUUUUACAGGGGCUUUGGGCUGUGCAUGGGUAAACACUAGCUUGAGAUCUACCCAGUUGGCAAGCGUGGAAGUCUUUGAAAAAUGUAAUGUAAGAAAGGAAGAGAAGAAUGUAAGGCUUUUUGUCCUGAGCAAGAGUAGGAGCUUCUGGUGCCUGGCCAGCCAGUAGGACCAUCGUGGGCAAUAACAUGCUUUUCCCUGUGGAAGAGCCUCUCUGAAAGAGACAUUCCAUCUCCAUGGUCCACUCUGAGGGGCACUGCCAGGUAGAGAUUAGCCCCUGCGGCUAGAGAAAGCCCUUUGAGGUAGUGAGUAUCCAACCUGCUGUGUGUUUGGCAGGAUCCGUGCUUGGCAGGGUAGUGGAUCGCCAGCUGGUUCACAAACUUAAAUGAGGCUUUUGCCUGUAGAAAGGAGUAAAGACAUCACUUUCCUACCUCUGAGCCAUCUCUUCGUAGAAGCACCAUAGAAUGUUACCAAAUAUUUAAAACAUUUUAAGCUCGCUUGUUGAAUUCCUGUCCUGUUCAUGAGGAACCAGAUGGCCCAGAAGCCACAGGCACCCACCCCAAGUUUCCCCAAAAGUUGGAGUGAUGCUAAAAACCUUGCAAGUGAAUGGCUCUUCUACCUUCUCAGAACCAACAGUGAGAGAGUGGUCGCAUUGGUUAUGUUGUGAUGUUCAGUAUAUAAAAAGCCAUACAUUCUUCUGAUUUCUUGUUUUCAGUGUUUCUGCUGUGUGGAUGUAUAGGAUGAAGUAUGCAAAUUUUUCGAAAAUGCUAGAAGAAAAGUACUUUUCAAAUACAGUAUUUUUUUUAACCAAUAAACUUGCUAGUUUUACAG